AUGACCCUCGUCACCCGCCUCCAUGCCACCUGGCUUCGAUCCCUCCUCUCUCUAGCCCGCCAGGUGCACGCUUCUCCCACCCACGCCUUCGACCUCGCCUGGGAGUAUUCCCGCCGCUACUGCUUCACCCUCGCCCUGCUCUCCCUCCUCGGCGCCAAGGUCCUCCAUCUAUACGCCCACCUACACUCCCUGCCGCCCGCCAAGUUCCUCCUCUGGGGCAUCACCUUUUUCUUCCAAGAUGUCCUCGCCAUCCUCCUGCUCCGCAUCGCCACGCGCACAUGGCGUCGACGGUCCAUGGCCCUGGUGGCCGCCGUCCUCGUCAUCCCCUUCAGCCUCGUCAUGUCCGGCAUGGCCUCCGCAAACAUCUCCUUCUACAUCGUCACCGGCGCAGAAAUCCACUGGCGACAGGCAAAAACCUUCCACCGCGAUGCAGCCGCCAUCCGCACCCUCCUCACCGGUCUGACUGGCUUCCUCGUCGUUGAAGCCAUCCUCCUCAGCCUCUCCUCCGUCCUGGCGCGUCCCGUACACCGUACCACAGGGCUGGUCGUGACAACCCUCGUCUGGCCGUGGCGUUGGCUCAUCAACGGCAUCUUCCGUCGCCAACGACACCCGCCCCUCCCCGACCCCGAGACCUAUGCGCACGUCGCCGAGGAAGACUACUACGACGACAGCGACGUCGAUGUACCCUUUCAACCCUUCGAAUCGAAAAUCAAGCUAUACCCGAAACCCGACCCCAUCGCCCGACGCCUGACCAUCCUCCUUCCCUUCCUCGCUCUCUUCGUCCUGCGCGCCCUCCGACCCUCCGAUCCGUCAUAUAGCUUCUUGUCCGGCGCCCUCCCGUUGGUCCCCUUUGUCGAUGCGCGACACCGUCUGUCUCCGGUUGACACCGCUGGACUGCCCGGGGACUAUCGCUUCUUGGACGGACGCACCGCAUUGAACACACCCCCGCCUUUCUCCUGGCUGCCACCCACGCCGCUUCCCGGCUUUGAAGACUGGGAUGCCGCCAACCCAGCGCCACUGCAUUACGACCCAGCCAAAGACCCCCUCCGUCUCACCAACCUCGAUCAGCCCGUUCUCGAGCCCAUCCGCCAGGCCUUGGCCGACGGCUCCGUGCGCAUCAAGCAUGUGAUCUUGUUGAAGCUGGAGAGCACCCGUGCGGAUGUCUUCCCCUUGCGAAACGACUCGUUCAUCUGGAACGAGAUUAUGGACUCGUAUCCCAACCGCCAAGUCCCACCGGAGGUCAUGCAGCGGGUCGGGAACCUGACCCGCACCGCCGAGUAUCUCACGGGGUUUUCGACCGGCUUCGAUCAUCACGACAACCGAUUCCAUGGGAAAAAGGCAUACGGUGGCAUCAGUGCCAGCAACGCCGUGACCACCGGCACCUACACCCUCAAGAGUCUCGUGGGCACCGUGUGCGGCGUCACUCCCCUGGUCGCCGACUUCAAUCGCGAGUACAACCACCAUAUCUACCAGCCAUGCAUGCCUCACGUGUUGGACGCCGUCAACCAACAACCAGACAUCACGACCAAGACCGAGGAUUUUGCCCACUGGCCCUGGCAUUCCAUGUGGAUGCAGUCCGUGACGCACGGUUAUGACAACCAAGACAGAUUGACCCCCGCUCUCGGGUUCCACGAUGUCCAGACCAAGGAGAGCAUUCGGGAUAGACAUGCAAAGCAUUUCCCGCCCCACACCAAGGAAGUGAACUACUACGGAUACGCCGAUACCGAGCUGCGCGAGUAUCUACGCGAUGCCAUCGACGACGCGGAGCGCAAUCACACCCGUCUGUUCCUGACCCAUUUGACGGGCACGACGCAUCACCCCUGGCGUCUCCCCGGCGACAAAUUCCAGCAAAUCAUGCGUCCGUCCUGGGCCGGCAAAAACAAAAAAGUCAAUCGAUAUCUCAACACGAUUCACUUUGUCGAUGACUGGUUGGCAGAGAUCUUGAGCAUCCUGGAGGAAAAGGGCAUCGCCGAUGAGACUUUGAUUGCCAUGGCAGGCGACCAUGGCCUGUCUCUUCCCAACGACGGCGGAUCCACCCCCUACGACAACCCCCAUAUCGGGAGCUUCCAGGUUCCGAUCGUGUUGGCGCAUCCGCGGCUCCCUCCGGUGGAAAUAACCACCCCGGUCAUGUCCGACCAGAUCUUGCCGACGAUCCUGGACCUGCUGGUCGAGUCAUCCUCGCUCAGCCCGAACGGUACGACGGUUGCAAAGGAUGUCCGGGGCCUGUACGAAGGGCAGUCCAUGAUCCGCCCCCUAACUCAGGAGGCCGGAAAUAUCCAAGACUGGCAGUUUACAGUCAUGAACACGGGCGGAUCCUGGCUGGCGGUCCGAUCAGCUGCGCGGCCCGGAUACCGACUCGUCAUCCCGUUAAUUGACGACCUCGAAUGGCGCUUCACCAACGUCGCCCUCGACCCGCACGAGCUCCACCCCGUGACAGACUUUAGUCUGGUCGAUCUGGCCAAGACGCUGGAUGAGGAGUAUGGGGAAGACGCCGUGCACUGGCUGCGAGAUGCGGCCCACAUUGCCGAGUGGUGGGUGCGUGAGAAUUGGCGUCGCUACGGGUAUACGCCACCCGGUAUGCCGCCGGGUAUGCCACCAGGUAUGAAGAGCCACAACGCGACAGAGGGGAUGGCGUGA